AUGCCGACGAUAUUUACCGCCAAUAUUCUCAAGAUCAAGACCCGCAUAUCAGCCACCGCGCUCGACAAGGACCAGCAAGAAGUCGUCAACAAUGAGAUUCACGAGACGAUGAGCCGGGCUAUCUUUGGCAGCAACAUGAUUGAGCGCGCUGGGCUUGGCUGGGACAUCACCGUCCAGCUCUGUCGCAAAGUUUUCGCAGGAGAGGAUAUAGGGCAGAUCUCCGAGCGAGAUGCUACCUACCAAGAAUCACUCCUAAAGCUUUACAAACAACAGUUCGACCUCAAGGACAUGAGGGAGAUGUGCGAAAGUCUCAAGCAAGAAUUGACCGCUGCUGAGGAGAGGAGAACGAUCGAUCCGUUCUCUAUCGCCGCAAAGUAUUCGUUAAUGUUCGUGGAGAUCCGUCCGUUUUAG